GCCGCACUCGCCGCGGACGCCGAGGGGAGCGGGUGCUCAGCGGCCGCGGGGAGCGGAGCCCGAGGGGAGCGCUGCCGCAGCCCCAGCGCCAUUGCCGCCCUCAGCCCGCGAUGGCAGGAGCCAUUGAUGCCAACGACACCCUGAUGUCCCAGCUGGAUUACUGAGAACUCUGGUGAUAACUGGAGGUGCUGCUGUUCACAUAAGGAAUUGUCCUCAGUCCUUGGCCUCUCAUCCCAGCAGCAUCCGUUUGGGUGCUGAAUGCAAGUCCUGGACAUUCUGGAAACGAUGGGGAUUGGCAAAAACACCACCUCGAAGUCGGUGGAGGCAGGAGGCUCCUCAGAGGGCAAAUACGAGGAUGAAUCCAAACAUCCCACCUUCUUCACCCUGCCUGUUGUGAUAAACGGUGGAGCAACGUCCAGCGGUGACCAGGAUACAGAAGACACAGAGUUGAUGGCCAUCUAUACCACAGAAAAUGGCAUAGCAGAGAAGAGCUCCCUGGCAGAGACCCUGGACAGCAGCGGCAGUUUGGACGCCCAGAGGACUGACAUGAUUUACACCAUUGAGGAUGUUCCUCCCUGGUACCUCUGCAUAUUUUUGGGGUUACAGCACUACCUGACGUGCUUCAGCGGGACGAUCGCCGUGCCCUUCCUGCUGGCCGAUGCCAUGUGUGUGGGCUUUGACCAGUGGGCCACCAGCCAGUUGAUUGGGACCAUUUUCUUCUGUGUGGGCAUCACCACGUUGUUACAAACAACCUUUGGCUGCAGGUUACCCCUGUUCCAAGCCAGUGCUUUUGCAUUCUUAGCACCUGCCAGAGCAAUACUGUCUCUGGAGAAGUGGAAAUGUAAUAACACAGAUAUAACAGUUACAAACAGGACAGGAGAGCUGCCGCACACUGAGCACAUCUGGUACCCCCGGAUCCGAGAGAUCCAAGGUGCCAUCAUCAUGUCCUCCCUGAUCGAGGUGGUGAUCGGACUGCUCGGCCUGCCCGGGGCCCUCCUGCGCUACAUCGGCCCCCUGACCAUCACCCCCACUGUGGCCCUCAUCGGCCUCUCCGGCUUCCAGGCUGCUGGGGAGAGAGCUGGCAAGCACUGGGGCAUUGCCAUGCUGACUAUUUUCCUAGUGUUGUUGUUCUCUCAGUAUGCCAGAAAUGUCAAAUUCCCCUUACCCAUUUACAAAUCCAAGAAAGGAUGGACAGCAUACAGGCUGCAGCUUUUCAAGAUGUUCCCUAUUAUUUUGGCAAUUCUGGUGUCGUGGCUGCUGUGCUUCAUCUUCACGGUGACGAAAGUGUUUCCCUCGGAGAGGUCCGAGUACGGCUUCUACGCGCGCACGGACGCUCGCCAGGAGGUGCUGCGGGUGGCCCCCUGGUUCAAGGUCCCUUAUCCCUUUCAGUGGGGGCUGCCCACCAUCUCUGCUGCCGGGGUGAUCGGGAUGCUCAGCGCCGUCGUCGCCAGCAUCAUCGAGUCCAUCGGGGACUACUACGCCUGUGCCCGGCUGUCCUGUGCUCCUCCUCCACCCAUCCAUGCAAUAAACAGGGGGAUUUUUAUUGAGGGUCUCUCCUGUGUUCUGGAUGGGGUAUUUGGGACAGGGAAUGGAUCCACCUCUUCCAGCCCUAACAUUGGUGUCUUGGGCAUCACAAAGGUUGGGAGUCGCAGGGUGAUCCAGUAUGGAGCUGCCUUCAUGCUGCUCCUUGGGAUGGUUGGGAAGUUCAGUGCCCUCUUUGCAUCCCUGCCCGACCCUGUGCUGGGGGCUCUCUUCUGCACCCUCUUUGGGAUGAUUACAGCUGUGGGUCUGUCAAACCUCCAGUUCAUUGAUUUAAACUCCUCUCGGAAUCUGUUUGUCCUUGGAUUUUCCAUUUUCUUCGGGCUUGUCCUCCCAAGUUAUCUCAAACAGAACCCCCUGGUCACAGGAAUAGCAGGAAUUGAUCAGGUGCUGAACGUCCUGCUCACCACAGCCAUGUUCGUGGGGGGCUGCGUCGCCUUUAUCUUGGACAACACCAUUCCAGGAAGCCCUGAAGAAAGGGGAAUACGGAAAUGGAAGAAAGGGAUCGGGAAAGGAAGCAAAUCUCUGGAUGGCAUGGAAACAUAUGAUUUGCCUUUUGGCAUGAACUUCAUUAAAAAAUACAGGUGUUUCAGCUUCCUGCCCAUCAGCCCCACCUUCAUGGGAUACACGUGGAAAGGCUUCAGGAAAAGCAGUAAUUGCAGGAGUUCAGACGAAGACUCAGAAGCUACAGUAUAGCCUUAGUUGAAAUUAUAUUAUCUAGUUGUAGUAAAAGAUGUAUUUGCAGUUUCUUGCUGAUUAAGAAGCAUUAAAAUAUAUGUUUUGUAUAUCUGCAUUUAAAUUCUGGAACCAGAGCUGAGACAGAUUUAAAAAAAAAAAAAGAAAAAAAAAAAAGAAGAAGAAGAAAAAAAAGGCUUUUUCUGUUGUGGGUGGUGGGAGCCAGAUCUGGUGUCUCUGGGGCAAAUUCCAGGGGUUUGGGGGAGUUGUAGUACCUAAGUCUGUUUAUUUUAAAUGGGUUUAGGUCCUGGAAGUGUGUAGGUGCUGUUGAAAAACUUUAAUUAACUUAAAUUUUGAUUUUAUUGGAGCCCUCAGUCCUGGCACUUGGCACAGUCAUUGCUGGCAAUGUUGGUUAUGCCAGGAAAUCUGAAUCCAUGGGAAGGGAGGGGGUAAAGAAAAGAAAAAAGGAAAAAUAGUUACUUCUAGUCAUGUCAAAUCCCAUAGAUCUUGUUUUUUACUCCCUGAUUUGCACAUUCCAUAUUUGCAGUACCCUGAAAACUGGAUUCAGUUGAUAAAGGCAAAUCAUGAAAGUAUUGUUUUGAAUUAUCCACAAUUCCAGUGGCACAUCCAGUGCUAAGACAGGAAGUUUCUGCACUAACUUUGCCCAUGAAAACCAGGACUGACUUCUGCUGGCUCAGUGCUGCAGGAGCCACUUCUUUCACACCAUUUCUCGUUUUCUGAACGUUUGCUUUUUCCACCUGGGAUUCCCCCAGCUAAUCCCAGUGUCCAGGAUUUCCACCCAGGGACACGUGGCUGGAGUGUUACAGGGAUGGGAAACUUGAACUUCCAGACAGGACUUGGUGGUUUUUUAGUCCAGUGCCUGCAUGCAGCAAGAUGUUUCCCAGACAGCAAGGGCAAUGAAUUGAGCAGUUCAGCAGUUAACCCCUGUCUCUGUGCAGGGAAUGCCAGUGGUGGGAAUGCUGCCUUGGAUCUGGGCACGAGGUUUUUAUGGGAUAUCAACAGCUGAUGCUGCACGAGCAGCUGACGUCGCUUUGCCUCUUCCUUCUCUCCUUGUGGGGCUUGUCCAGAGGCUCAUUCCUGCUGGGAAGGGGGUUUGGAAUGGCAGAGACACUGCAUCUGGCGGCCCCACCCACGGAUGGUUUCACGGGUAUCGGGUCCAAUCAGGGCACCACUCAGAGAUUUUUUUUUUCCUGGAAUAGUCUCAGCUCUGAUGUUUUGUGGGUGUUCACGCUCAUCAUGCAUUCAUAAUUAACAGUUUUAUUCCUGUUUAAUGUUCUUACUAUUGCAAGUUAGUUUUAGACUUCAGUGUGGCCCCAAAAAGCAUUUUCAGCUGUGGAAUCAUCAGGGAAAUGUCGUGUAAUGUAAUUUCAAGGCCAGUAAUGCUCUACGGUGCUUGCGUUUUGUAUUCCUGGAAAACCAUAACAGUGGAUCCUGUAAUUCCCUGAGAUAUUUAUCAAACUUUGACUACUGGACAGGAGCGCAGGAACUCUGUUUUCUCUGCUUCCAGGUUGAAUUUGUUCUGGGUUUUUGAAGCAUGGAGGGGUUGGGGUGGGAGGGCAAGGCAGGAGCGUGACGGAUCAGUACUGAGUAGUGUAGAGUCGGAAUGAUUCCGUGGAUAUUCUCAGCAUGCCAUGGCUGUUUCCAGAACCUAUUUUAUCCCGCUUUUUCCAUAUCCAAGCAUGCCUUUGUUCCUGCUUCGGGGAACUUUCAGUAGUUUGCAGUCUCGGUGUCAGUUGGGCUGUCUCGAAAGCUGGUCAGAAGAGUUGUUGUGUAGUAGACGAGGUUUGUUUGCCUGUGAAACAAAGUCAUUUUUCCUCAUUUUUUAAACUUUCCCUCUCCAGGUAGUCAGGUGUUCUAUUCCCACGUCCACCUGCACACAGUUGGAGUGCAGACACCUCUGAUCAGUGGCACGAAGCUUCCAGAUUUCCCAACUUUUAAGUUCAACCAAAGACGUGUGUGAGACGUGGGGGAGUUAAAAAUACAUAUAACAAAGGAAAACAAAAGCCACCUCUGGUGGUUGUACAACCCAAGGGGUUGUGGUGAUGUAAAAUGCCAAAGUUGAUUAUCUUGUAAAAGUUGAGAAAUGGAGAAAAAAACCUUUUUAUUUCCAGUGGUGCCACUUCAGAGCAGCUGAGCUGCCCCAUCCAGCGGCACGGGAGGGACACCCCUGUUCCCAGGCUUUCCAACUCCUCCCCCAAGCAGUUUGGAGAACUUCAGAGAGAGGAGGUGAUGAGAGGUUUGUCUCCUCUCACCCUGGCUGAGGUCAAGCCAUGUGUGUUCUGUGUUGCCUCACCUGGGAUUUGCCAAGACACUUCAAAUUCCAGGGCACUGAAUCCAGGGGGAGUUUUCCUCCUCCCUGGAGCAGAACACUCCUUUCCUGCAGCACUGGAACGACUCCCUGAACAGGUGCAGUCCAGUUCUGUGUUCAGCUGUUGGGUUUUGUUCUCUUGGUGACUUUGGGCCCUCCUGUGCCCGUUCCCCCCUGGCUGAGGGCAGGGAACACCGAGGUGUCCCGCAGGGAACACCGAGGAGCAGUUGAGGUUCUGGUCAUUUUUGUAACCCUGUCUGUCAGUUGAGGACUCUCCACCUUAUCCCGUGGGUGAAUGGUUAAAGGUGGGCCUCAGGUUGGGAAAGGAGACCUGCUGGAGCCCCUGGGAUGUGCAGGGAAGGGUCAGGAUGGAGCCAGAGGCAGCACCUGGAGUGACCUGGGCUGAGGUGAGUGAGGACGGAGCUGUCACAGGUACCUUGGGAAGAGAAGCUCCCUUUUCCCUUCCUGAGGCACCUGGACCCCACCAGUGCUGCCAGUGCAAGGAGACCCGUUGCUUUUCCUUGUGAGGGAAAUAACUGAGUUUCCCCUGGGUUUGUGCAGCUGCAGCAGGUGAUUUUGGGCCUUAAACCCUCCCAUGGCCACUUUUCUUGGUCACUUUUCCACCCCAGUGGCUGCUGUGAGAUUCCAGGGGAGCUGGGUGCCCAUCCUGAGCUGCUGAAAGGUGUGUUGGAGGAUUAAGCUGCAGUUUGGAAAAGCAUUUAAACACCUCAUGUCGUGUUUGCUGGUGACAUCCAGAUGUAACCUGACUGUCAAUGCAAUACUGUAUUUUCCUCUCUGUUUUCUUCCCUGCCUUUCAAACAGCCAAACUCCAACCACCCAGGGAAGGCAACACCUGAGAGGUGAGUUAAGAGGCGAUGAGAUGUUUCAACCAUAAGAGGGAAGGGCAAAUAUUCAUGGUAGAAAUAUCAUUUUGUCAUAUCAAAGGUGGCAUCAAUGUAUACAAACAAAGUAACUUGGGAUUUUUGUAAUUGAUAUUCUCUUGUAUUUUUUUUAGGUUAAAUUAAGGAUUCUUGCUGACAUGUUGAAACACGUUUUCUAAAGCAAAUACUUGCAAAUUAUACCUAUAGAAAUUUAGGUUUCGUAGCUGCCGGCUGUGGCUGACUCACGUUGUCAUAUUAGAGGGACUUCACCUUGUACCUCGCUCAGAAAGUUCAACCUUUUAAACCCCAAAUUUGCUUUUAUGCCUUUUAAUACUGACUUGAAAUAUGACAACUUGGUUUGUACAUGAAUAUAUUGCAGUAUUUUAUUUCCAUAUAUUAAAAAUAACAUUUCCACUCAGGAUAACGGCGGCGCUUUCCUGGGAGGGAGUGGUAUGAGUGUCAUGACAAUGUCAUGUGAUGGUAGAAUUUCUUCAUUGACGAAUCUAUAGUGGUUGUGUAUACUUUAUUUACCCAUGUUUGUGUUCCUACCCAAAACUGAAGGGUUUUCUUGUUCCUUUCCCCACUGAGCCCUCGGGGCUCCCGGUGCACAAUUGGCGCUUGCACAGAAAACCCUCCCCGAGGAGCAUCAGUGCGACCCCUCAUUGAUACAUUUAUCCUUCCAAAGUGUGGAAAUCACAUCAUUCUGGGUAUAAACAGCACUCCAGGCACACAUGGCCCCAAACCCCUGGUGUCUGAUGGUUUGGGUGAGCCUUGGCUGCCUCCACCCACCCCAGCUAUGCUCGAUAGAAUCAAUCUCUUGGUGUGUAAAACGCGCGUGUGAGACCAGCACGACCUUCACGUUUCUUUUCCGUGGCCUUUUGCAACCAAAAGCGACUUCUCUUUCCUUUUUCCUUGAUUUUUUUGGAGCAAGGGGGGCUGUGGCUCACUCUUUUUUGCAGAGAGGUCCCACCUGGGGCAGGUUUCUCUGUGUUUUUGGAGGCUCACAGGCCCCUCAGGGCUGUGGAGCUGUGGGGUUGGGGAGGCCACGAGUCCCCAGGGUCUCCCUGGGCUGCUCCAAGUGUUGGGAUCCGUGUUGGGAGCCAUCCCGAGUAUCCCUGGCUGGUUCCCAUUUGCCUGUGGCUGUUGCCAUCCGUACCUAUGGAUAUCAGAGGGAAAUCUCGACUUGCCUUGUGUACUCUGGCUUUUCCUCCACCUUUCCAGGUCAAUCAUCUUUACUGCCAGUCCAAAUU